AUAAAGCAUGAUUCUCAAUGCCUGAGCCAUCAGAACCCAGCCAAGAUGAAGCUUCUGGUAUCAGCAAUCAUUCUCUUGUCCGCUCAAGCUUUUGGAGGUUAUGUAUUCCCUGAUGAUUUUCAAAUUUGUGGAAAAGACGAUGCAAACCUGGAUGAAUGCAUUCUCAAUGCUAUUAGAGACGCUUGGCCCAAGUUAGCAGAAGGUAUUUCAUCCCCAAUCGAUAUCAAAACGGAACCUGUGUUCUCCCCCUACUGUGAAUACCACCCCAAAAACGAUGUUUUCAAUUUUGAUGAAUACUUCUGGAAUUUAUCGCACACAGGAUUCGACAAUUCCCAAAUACUGGAUGCUCAUGUCGAUGUAGCUACUUUAUCCCUGAAUUUCACAACAUUCUCUCCACAUGUGGUUCAAAAAUCUGUAUACGCUGCUAGUGGAGUAGUAUUGUACAAUAAAACCAGAGAUCCAGAUAUAAUUUGGGGUUCCGGACCGGUCGUCAAAGAAUUAUACAACACUACGAUUCUGCACCAGAUAAGAUCAGUUCAAUAUGAACAAGAUGGAAAAUCUUACCUCCGAGUGGAUUCAUACAACGUUUCGGUUUCAUUAGAUUUCAUCACUUUCGAUUAUCAAAACCUUUACAAUGGAACGCGUCCUGACCUGGCAAAGAGGACUGGAGAAUAUAUUAAUGCCAAUGCUCCUUACAUUACAGCAAAUCAACAACCAUAUGUUGAAACUUUUCUUGCAGGAAUGUUCAAAGAAUACGCAAAAGCAAUAAUCGGUAGUGUUUCCAUCGAUGAACUGAUUCACUGAUCCAGUUUAUUCAAUUCGCUCUGUUUCAUUGAUGUUUUAAAAAAUCAUGUAACUCUAACAGGUAUGAAAUAAAUAACAAAUGCAGCGAAA